UGAAGAAUCAUCACAAUCGAGAGUCGAGCAGAUUGGCCGCACUCUCUAUAUCUACGCGAAAUAGCAGAGAUGGCGACAGCCUCCUUAUCUGCUUCUCCGCGCCCGUUUCUUCUCUCCUCCGACUUCAUUCGAGCUCGCACAGAGAAACCCGCUUCCCUCUCAUGGUCUUCUUCGUUUCCCCACCUCAACUUGUCCAUCAAUUCAAUCUCAAACCCUCCAAAUCCCGCACUCAACAAGGAACUUAUUGUUCAAGCUGCCUGGACACGGAGGUCUAGAGGUGAAGCUGCAAAAAGACCUAACAGAAAAUCAUGGAAGCAACGGACAGAUAUGUAUAUGAGACCAUUCCUACUAAACGUUUUCUUUUCAAAGCGAUUCAUCCACGCAAAAGUGAUGCAUCGGGGAACCAGCAAAGUGAUAUCAGUCGCAACAACCAACGCCAAGGAUCUUAGGACCACGUUGCCAUCACUCACUGAUAACAAUGCUUGCCGAGUAAUAGGGAAAUUGAUUGCUGAGAGGACUAAGGAAGCUGAUGUAUUUGCAAUGGCUUAUGAGCCCAAGAAUAAUGAGCGGAUCGAAGGGAAGCUGGGAAUUGUUCUUGAUACCAUUAAGGAAAAUGGUAUCAUAUUUGUUUAACUUUCACCACAGCUUUUGGUCUUCCACUGCUAGUCGAUUCAUCUUUUUCUUAUGAAGGUAUUAGCCAUUUGUUAAUCUUAGCUGAAAUAGUGUUCACAUAGUGCCUUAGCCAUACAACCUUAAAGAAUGGGUAUUGUACUGUAAAGUUCCUAGAAAGCUCAAUGAUUACUAUGCAUGCUGAUGAGUUUCUAGGUAAAAACCUCAAUGAAGCAAUUGCUUUGCUGCUCAAUGAAUGACUGGUUGAAAUGCUGCUGAGAAAUAAUUCAAGUAUUUGUUAAUGCUGGUGACAACAUUUGAUUUUAUGAGUUGAGAAGAGCCCAUU